AUGGGUCGUUCAAGGACAACCUUCAAACGUAUUCCAAAUGAUGGAGCUCGAAAAGCAACUUCCAUCCAGAGAAGGAAGGGACUAAUGAAGAAAGUAUCCAAAUUUUCAACUAUGUGUGGAGUUGAAGCUUGCUUAAUUGUGUAUGAUGAGAAUGGGGAUGCUCAACCUAUGACUUGGCCCCGAGACCCUAUAAAGGCACACUCCAUCAUUGACAAGUAUGAGCGUCAAAAAAAUGAGAAACCCCUCAAGACCUUUGAUCUUGAAGACUUUUUCAAGAAUAAGAAGAACAUGGUUGAGGCUGAGAUUUCCAGAGUGAAUAAAGAUAUCUUCAAGACAAAGUAUCCAACUUGUCAUCCAAGCUUCAACAACUUAGGAGAGGAGCAGCUGGAGGCUUUCAUUGCUACGUUGGAUGAUAAGAUUGGAGCUUGUGAUCAGAGAAUUAACAUGCUAAAAAAUGAGCAUAAAAGUGAAGCCAACAUUCAUUCAACAUCUGUUUCAUUCAAAACAUGGCUCAGAAGACUGCAACUCAAUAAUGGGAACAUCAUUAAUGCUAUGUUUGGUUCUAAUAAUGGAGUUUGUAAUCAGAGAAUUGACAUGCAAAAUGAGCUUCAUAGUGAAGCCAACUUCAGUUUCAUUCAAAACAUGGCUCAGAAGACUGGUGCUUCGUAUCCUAGCCAACUCAAUUACAUGGAGAUUAUAUCUGAAAGCCAACAUAUCCCUGUCCCUGCUUCUCCUAUGAAGCAACUCAAUAAUGGGAACAUCAUUAAUGCUAUGUUUGGUUCUAGUAAUGGAGUUUGUAAUCAGAGAAUUGACAUGCAAAAUGAGCUUCAAAGUGAAGCCAACUUCAGUAUUAUAAAAAAUAUGGUUCAUGAGAGUGCUGCCUCUUGUCUAGCCAGUUUUAUACAAGAUAUGGCUCAAGAGUGUGCUACCUCUGAUCCAGGCCAAUUCAAUUUCAUGCAGAACAUAUCUCAAAGACAACUUAUCCCUGCUCUCACGAAGUCACUCGAUUAUAAUACUAAUAGGAUGAUGGAUUCUAAAAGUGUGCUUGUAGGUUCUAUAGAUCAAUUUGAUGGGCUUAUGGACUGUGCUUCUCAGCAUGGUGAGCUUGAUGAAUUAAAUAGUCUACUUUUUGAGCAUCAAGAUUGGGCUACUCAACUAGGUGAUCUUUUUGGGUUGGACCAGUCAACCUGA